AUGGGUAAACUGCACUCCAAACAUGCCGCUAUUUGUAAACCGAGGGAGAGUCCAGAAGGCGGCAGCUUCGUGGUGAACGCGUGUUUGGCGCGGAAGGGACUGGACGACUGGCUGGUGAAGCAGAAGUACUACUACAGAAGUACGACUCCUACGCGGCAGGACUGUCCCCACCGGGGGGGCUGCGGCUUGACGACUCGGGGCUCCAUGGUUGAAGCAUGCGCUGAGGGGAUCGGUGAUGAACAUUACCGCUUAGAAGUGGCUUUACCCCCGGAGAAGACAGGCAGCUGCUGUGUGGAGGAGAAGAUGCAGGAGAGGGGCAGCCAAUCUCCCGCAGGGCCACAGAAACAGCUCCAGUUUGAAGAGUUGGAGUGUGCCGUGUCUGUGGAGGAGGAUAACAGGCAGGAGUGGACUUUCACCCUCUACGACUUUGACAACAAUGGCAAAGUCACCAGAGAGGAUAUCACCAGCCUGCUGCACACCAUCUACGAGGUUGUGGACGCCUCCGUCAACCAUUCUCCCAGCAGCAGCAAGACACUGAGGGUCAAGCUCUCUGUGGCCCCCGAUUCCAGCCAGCGGUGGAGGAGCUAUGCGCAGGGUGCAGCAGAGUUGUCCCACCCCAGAGAGAAAAAUGACAAGUGUAUAGAAGACCCCAAGAGUGCAGACAAGAAGAGUCGAGCACUCCUAAGGCGCCACCACAGUGACCACCACACCCAGCCGGGCUGCCAGCGCCACUGUGUGGAUGAGAACCUGGAACGCAGGAACCACUACUUGGACCUGGCAGGCAUCGAAAACUACACGUCCCGCUUUGGAGCCGCUCCAGUCCCAGAGCCGACAAAGGCAGAGCCCCAGACCCGCUCGUCCAACCAGACUCGCUCUCGCUCCCACGAACCGGAAAACGGCCACUCCCAUUCCCACCACCGCCGCUUGCCGACCGUUGUGGACACUGUCGUCCCAGGCAACCUCCACCCUCCCCGGCCGCGAGGCCAAGAUUCAGGGAAACAUGCCAUCCGUUCUCCCAAGUCCCACAGCCGCACACCUCCUGCACAGACCAGUGGCAGGGUGAUGAGAAGCCGAGGUGUUCCUCCUCCCCCUGCCCUGCCCAGCCAGACCCCUCCUCACCAGUCUGCAGCGCCCUACCGCAAGCACAAGCAGCGGUCCAAGGAGAGCCAGGGCUACCGUGCCUUAGGCCCUCUGGCGGCUUCGGGACCAGUGGUGGAGAAGGAGCAGGUGAGAAACCUGCCCAGCGUGCUGCUAUAUGAGGGGGGGCUUGCGCAAGUGGUGCAGCGGCAUGAGCACCAUCACCACCACGAACACCAUCACCACUACCACCACUUUUAUCAGUCCUGA